AUGAAUCGUUCGCCGUUAAGCGAUUUCAACCGUCGACGUAGUUUAUUUGAUUCACCAAAUUUCGUUCGUUUUAUUACUAAAACACUUCAUCCUCAAGAUAAAAUAGAUUGUAAAUUAAAUUCUACAAUAAGUUCGAAUUCACAAAAUUAUUCAUCCUAUAAUCCUAUUGAAAAACAUAGUGUAGCUGUAACACGAAAAUUAACAAAUAUGAACGAACCAUCUCCAUUGCAGUUAAAUCGAGGUAUCAUUCAAUUGAGUUUAAUUACCUCGGAUAAUCAUUUAACUGUAAAAAUUAUUCGAGUUAAAGGUAUUCAUCAACGUUCAUCUAAUAUUCUAAUAAAAAUGACGUUAAUACCGGAUCGUAAACCAUUAGAAUGUAAUACACGUGCUGUACCAAAUUUAAAUGGUUCAGCUAUUUUUAAUGAAAAAUUUACAUUUGAGAUAAAUAAUGAUGAUUUACAUAAACGUCUUUGUUUUUCAAUACAUAAUUAUCAACAAGAAAAAAACGGUAUGCAACUACAAGGUUGUUUAUCAUUCGGAAUUAAAAAUACAUUAAAAAAACAACGAAUUCGUGGUUGGUUUUAUAUUUUACAAGAAGAUAUCGGAGAACUACGCCAUAAACAAGUACCUGAUCAUGGAGAAAAACAUGUUACAGCUAUUAAUCGGGAUAUAGCUGAUUUAGAAGAACAUCAAUUUACUAUAUCACGAGGUGUUAAUGAUUCAUUUGGCUUUACCGUUGUUGGUGAUAGUCCAACAUUUGUUGGAAAAGUAACUGAAAAUAGUCCAGCAGCACGAUGUGGACUUAGACCAGGCGAUUAUAUUGUUAAAGUUAACGGGCAAAAUGUUUCGCGUGCUCAGCAACGAACUGUAUCGAAUUUAAUUAAACAUUUGAAACAUACAGUUACAUUAGAUAUUCAUCGAUAUCCAAGUGGUCAUCCAACACGAACACCCAAUCGUGAUAUUCUUUCAUUGUUAUCGUCAACUGGUACUGUAUCAACAGAAGAUUCGUCGACAUGUAGUGAUUCGUCAAUUUCAUAUCCUUCUCAUCGUUUUAAGCAAAUGUCAUCGUCUAGUUCUAAUAGAAACUUUGUUGAUCUUGCGCAAUUGGGACAUUAUGUUGAGCCGAAACCAUUGAUUCGACAAACUACCGGAUCGUCCGCAGCGACAAUAGCAGCACAGCCAUUUUAUGAAAUGACAAAUUCAUCAAUGUUAGCUUGCAAAGGUUCACCAACGAAUACAUUUGUUUAA